AUGUCGGCGCCCGCUGCAGUGCUGACUUCGCAGUACCCGGAGGAGGCCGAGAGCGCCGGAAAGGGGACCCCGAUCCGCUCCCCACUGCUCAGUGCCACACAACGCGUCAGGCUCCAGCGACGGCAAUGGCCAGGGGCUUCCCCGAGAGCCCUGGCUCUGCUGGCACUGUCCGUGGGAGUGGCGUGUGCUCUGGCAGUGGUCUACUACUUCUACCUCUCCGCGCCGUCGGGCUCACUUCAGAGUCAAGGGGCGCUGGCGACCCGCGCAUGCGUGACGGCUGGCUGCCAAGAGCACGCUUCGUUCUUCCACCGCAGUCUGAACACACGAGUAGACCCCUGCGAGGACCUGCACGCCUACGUCUGCUCCCUCUGGUCGCCAUCUAGCCCCAUGGCUUCGGACCUUGCUGGACAGAUGACUCUGACCUGGGCGCUGAGGGCCACGGAGUCGCUGACUCGGGACGCCACGUCUGAGGCUUUGGACGCGGGAGGCGAACUGGGCGCGCAGCACAAGGUCGUAUCGGCGUUCCUGCGCAAGUGUAUCGCCCAGAAGGACGAUGACCGACGCAGCCUUCUCAGCGUGCGCGAUUUCGCGGCACGCCUGGGUAUCCCGUGGCCGUACGACGCGAACCAUCCCUCGGUGCCGGACACCCACCCCUUUGAAGUGCUCAUCCGACUGGACGGGCGUUGGGGCCUGGAACUGUGGUGUCAGACAACCGUGUUGAAACGCAGGCGUCAAAAACCGAUACCACCCGUGCUGGUGGUACGCAGGACAGAUAUGGCCUCCGCCUGGUUGGGCUUGGUCGACGCGCUCGACAACAACCAAGGACGCAUGGCGUACUACAAAGACAUACACAGCCUCUACGGCGUGCCCGUCCCCGACGCGGCGACCGCCGACAGGCACUUAAAGACCGAACGAGAGGUGCUGACGGCGCUGGCGACCGUCACGAACGAGACCGGCCGCGAGGCCGUCGACACCACGGUCGGCCGUCUCGAGUCGCUCUUCAGCCACUUGGACGGCAUCCCGCUCGUCCAGUUCCUCGUGUCCUUCUUCAACGCCUCGGGGAUCCACGAGCGCAGCCGUGUUUACGUCGAGAGCCGCCGGUUCGUCGUCGCCCUGGACGAGCUGCUGGGCAAGUUCGGCAAGGACCGGCUCAUGGAGCACAUCGCCUGGUGGUUCGCCCAGCUGUGCGCCGUGAUGGCCUCGAGCAAGGCUCGCCUGCUGAUCGGAGGGAACGAGCUGGAAUCGGGAACCUUGAAGAAGGCGAACUGCUUAGACAUGGCCGCGGCCUGGUUCGGGCCCACGCUGUACGGCAGCGUCGCGCACGUCACCGCGGCCGACGAAAGGCGCGCCGUGGACGACUUCCUGCGGGCUCUGCUCGGAGACGUCCACCGGGCCGUCACGGCGAUCUCGUGGACCGACGAGACGACGCGGCGGGCCAUGCUCCGCAGGCUGCGCGAGAUGAGCGUGGUGACCUCGCAGGAGCCGGAGGCGAGCCGCGCCGCACUGUCCGAAGUCUGGUUGAAUUCCACUAAGGAAUUCAUCGACAUCCUGACCGCCCCGACGACGAAGCGAAUCUCCGAGGGCGGCGAGGCGUGGCGCUUUUACGAGGGCGAGGGCCGGCUGGUGAAUCCGUACCGCGGACUGCUGUACCGCUACCUGAGCAACACGCUGACCGUGACGCACGCCGCGACCGCCAGUCCGCUCUUCUACGCCGACUACAGCGGCGGCGGCGUCCUGCGCGCGGCCAGUUUCGGAGGCCUGGCCACCGCCUUCCUGGAAGCCGCGCUCAGAAUGUUCGACAGACGAGGCAUUCGAAUAGACGAAGGCGAGCCCAGGGCCUGGAUGAGCCCCCGUGCCGAGAGACAGCAUUACCGCAGGUUUCACUGCAGCAGCGACAUCGGCGAAAACAUGCUGCAGGUGGCCAGCCUUCGCAUCGCCUGGGAGGCCUACAAGAACGCCUCGUCCGGCGGCGAUUCGUCGUCGGUCGAGGCUCUGGACAUCCUCGACUCGCACGGCAACGCCCAGCGCUACACGUCGGACCAGCUCUUCUUUCUGACCUACUGCCGCCGCUUCUGCAGCACCGGCACCGGCUGCAACUCGGCCGUGCGCAGCCUGCCCGACUUCGGCUCCGUCUUCGGCUGCGCCAAGGGGCGCCCGGAAGAAGACGAUCUAAGCCAGUGCCGUUUCUUGACUUAGCGUUGACUUCACGGCCUACCGAUCUCACAUUUCCGCUUGGCACAUAUGCAUAAUGCUGCUACUGCAGCCUUCGCUUCUCGGUACUUUGCAUUUGUGCACUCUUUUUCGAAACGUGUCUUAGUUUCGCAAAACUUACCGAUUUUACUGUUAUAUUUCUCGAUUAUGUUUGGGCUUAAAAGAUAAUCCCUAAUGAAUGAAUGCCUUGACUUCGCUUCACACUUUCUUUUAUUGCAAGUCACAAUUCGAGGGUUCAGUUCUGAUGAUGCUAGAAUGCAACUCUGCGCCCAUCUUAACCUCGAUCGUCCGUGACCUAAGUGCAACACUGAGAGCGAAUGUGGUGUGCACGCCGUGAAGCGUAAGAGGAGGAAAAUGCAGAACUUGUUUUAAUGGCAAGAUUUUUUUUCGUUUUCGUUUCUUUUUCACAUUUUGAGAGAACUUAUAAUCACGUGUGAUAUCGUCUUUCUCACAUUUGUGUCUCCUACAAAAUGUAUACUAAUUGAAGACGUGGACACAUCAGCAUGAUUUGCAAUUUUACUUUCUAAUCGAACUUGAACGUGUCGUCUGCAGCUCUGUCGCAUAUUAUGGGAAAUAAAGACGUUGAUACAACAUCCUCAUAAGUGAUAAAACGUGUUUUUUGGUCAUUCUUUUUUUUUUUUUUUUGCGGACAUUGUGAUUCGUCUGUGUCACAUGUCCGGUUGCGUCACAUAAGUUACACAACGGGCCCGCUCCUCGGUUACAGUUAUCGCAGCAUAACUUCCCGUUGCAUUGGCAGCACUGCUCCAAGGUAACAAGCCGUAUGUUACUUUAUCUUCUACUUAUAAGAACAAGUACUCUCGGCAUCCUAUAGAUACUGUGAUUCAAAGUACACGGAGCUGAAAUACUGCACAAGCCUUGUGCAUUCCCUUGAAAUGUGGUGCCGUGAAGAGGGACACGUGACAGCUUUUACUAAUACUAAAUACGCGGGAUGGAUGAUUCCCUUUAGGAGCAGCGGAGUUUGGUAUCAGCGACAAGAUA